AUGAUUCUCCUCGUUUUUCUACUUUUUGUCACGUCACUAUCUCACGCGGCUCCUAAUGGAUUCAAUGAAACCGAAGAGGUAAUUUUAGGCGAUAUUGGUUAAUUUUGCUAGAGCGCACUUCCCUCUCGUUGCAGAUUUUCAGUGCGGCGCCCAACAACACGCCAAUCACAAAAGUGUACAUUUUCGGAAAACCCGUUUAUAUUCGCGAGCCGUUCGUGCUGCCGCAACGGAAUUUGGAGGAGGAGCAGGUAAAAUUGCGAUGAAACUUAAACAUUUAAGUAAAUUUGAGAUAAACUUCUCGAAAUUGUUCGAGGUGAAACGAAAAAGAAGUUCGUACGUCGACGAGGCGAUCGUUUCUCCGGACACUCAGCACAAAACCCGACGAUCUGACCCGAAGUACCCGCUGAAACAGUGCUACACAGAGAGCAGUGGUAGGUCACAAAACAAGAUUGAACAUUUGCAAGGAACCAGUUUAGGUUUCAUGUGCUGUAACCAGAAACUGGAAAAAGUGAUGCACGACACUGUGGCCAAAUUCAAAGGAGCCAAGGCGUGUAACCUGCAAAAAGUGAGUACGAUGCUCCAGGCAAACAGUCAAAGAACGUUCGGCACCGAGUUCGAAGCGCUCACCAGCGUUGGAGAUUUCGCGUCGAAAAUCCAUUUCUACUCGGAUUUUGUGUGUAAAAUGGAGCGCGACGGACGGACGAUGCUCGUCUACGCCACGCCCAACCGACACAAUUAUGCGGUGCCGUAUCAGUUGUAG